UUCAGAUUGCAAAAGCGUUCGUUCAAAACUCUGAAUAGAGGCACGUAAAUUAUUGUGUUUUGACACUUUUGACUUUCAAAACAGAAGUCCUUAAAGUGCUAAACACUAUAAAUUUUAUUUGGUCACGUACGCAUUUCCUGAAGGAGGAGCGUGUCAGUAUGAUUUCCUCAGUCACGUUGAUUUUGGCAAUAGGUUUUCCUAUGGCCUUUUCAGCCAUUGUGCAGCUGAAUUGCACCGGCCUCACCGGCCCAGAUUAUUCGGUUCUGCCGAAAUGUCCCGUUCCCGUGCAAAAGGGAAUUGUGGAGGGUCAAACCUCGUUCACUGCAGCCAUCAAAACGUGCGGGGGCAAUCUCGCUUCUGGAAAUUGGAUGACCUAUUACCUGCUCAACUCUUGGUACAACGCGUCCAAUGAUCUUAAUCUGCAAGAUGCCAACACUGUGAAAAUGAUAGUACCGUUGGCUCGCUUUUAUGAAUGCUACUUUGUCAGAACCGGAAUUCUCCAAGCCAAUGGCUCAUACAACAGUACCGCCCUGAAAACUUUGAUGAUCAACGCUCCUAAUCAAGCUCCCCUUUGGGGCAACAUGUUUGGCAACUUGCAUAGUUACUGCUUGACGGCCAUCAAGGCAAAGAAUUUUGCAAAACUUCUCGUUCCUGGAACAACGUCCUAUGUUAGCAUUGAUUGGUUCCUCUUGAUGCAAUGCACUUUAUACGCAUCUUGGAGGUCGAUUGCAAUUGCUCAUUUCGAGAAAAAUGUACCUUACACCAGCAUCUUUACCAGCUUCGCUACAACUUGCGAUCCUACCUUUGCUUCGUUCCAAAGCUGUCGUGCAAAUUCGUUCUUUGAGAAAAUGCUGGCACCUCUGGCGAUUCCUGCAUUCACAGCAGGAUGAUCAUUGACCUGCAGUCUUUUGAUUUUUUCACAUUUGGGUUCCAAUUGAAAAAAAAUUUGUUUUGAAUUUAUUACUAAAUAAAGAUAAAAAAUUGGUUUUAA